UGGAGGCUCAUCCGAUGGAUGAAUUUUGUGGCUCUCGGUUUUGGGACUUAAAUCUCACCUGGUACACGGAUGAUCCAGAUCUGACGCCAUGUUUCCAGCAAACUGUGCUCGUGUGGGCACCGUGUGCAUUUCUGUGGCUGUUUUCCUUACUGGAACUGUUUUACCUGCGAAAAAGCGCCGACAAAGAUGUACCGUGGAGCAUCGUAAACGUAUCGAAACUACUGAUCACCGGUUCGCUGAUUGUGCUUACUGUUGUGGACCUCGUCAAGGCAAUUUCAACAGAUGAUAUAACGGCUCCAGUGUUCUACUAUACACCGGUGAUAAAACUAGCAACUUUCAUAUUUGCUGGGGUGCUCGUGUACCUUAACAAGCACUAUGGCAUGCGAACCUCAGGGCUGUUGUUCCUGUUCUGGUUUCUCUUAUCGGUCUGCAGCAUACCGCGGACCCGCACCGAAAUCAGAGCACACGAAGCACGGAUAGUUGAAGAUACAUGGGCCGAAUAUCAGUUCAUCAGCUUUUUGAUUUUCUUUUCCCUCACGUGCCUCAUGUUCCUGCUAAAUUUCUUCAUCGACAAACCGCCACGCCAAUCGAAGUACGAAAUCACCGACAAGGAUUGCCCCGAACUAUCUGCCAGCUUUCCGUCGCGAAUCUUUUUUGCCUGGUUCGAUCGGUUGGCCUGGGUUGGAUUCAGAAAGCCGCUGGAAGUGGAAGAUCUCUGGCAUAUGAAGCCCGAAGACUCCUCCAAAGAGGUGUCACCGGCAUUCCUUCAUCAUUGGAAUAAAACGCUCGAGAAGACGUACCAGACGCGGGAAACCAGCAAUGAUGUCACGUUCAAAAAGUUGGGCAAUACGGCCAGUGUAGAUUUUCGUACCACGAAAUCGAAAAAUAUAGCAUCAAUUCUGCCGGCAUUGAUUAAAACAUUCGGCGGGACCUUCCUGCUUGGUUCGUUCCUGAAGUUAGGUCAGGAUCUUCUGACGUUCGUAUCGCCACAAAUUCUGAAGCUGAUUAUCGACUUCGUAAGUGGCGAUGAUCCUAUGUGGAAGGGUCUGAUGUAUGCAAUUACACUGUUUGUGGUCGCUGGCACGCAAACCCUGCUGCUGGGUCAGUACUUCAAUCGGAUGUUUUUCGUCGGGCUUCGUAUUCGUACGGCGUUGAUUAGUGCUAUUUAUCGUAAGGCGCUCAUCAUCUCUAACAGCGCGCGGAAAGGUUCGACAGUGGGUGAAAUUGUGAAUCUGAUGGCUGUCGAUGCGCAACGCUUCAUGGAUCUUACCACGUACAUUAACAUGAUCUGGAGUGCUCCACUGCAGAUCGGUCUGGCGCUGUACUUUUUGUGGCAAAUAUUAGGUCCAUCCGUGCUGGCCGGGUUAGCAGUGAUGAUCAUCCUCAUCCCGGUGAACGGUGUGAUCGCCAACAUGAUUAAAACGCUCCAGAUCAAACAAAUGAAAAACAAGGACGAGCGUGUUAAGUUAAUGAACGAAGUGCUGAGUGGAAUUAAGGUACUUAAAUUGUACGCUUGGGAACCGAGCUUCGAACAGCAGAUACUUAAAAUUCGUGACAAGGAGGUGAAAGUGCUGAAAUCGGCCGCAUAUCUUAACGCUGGAACAUCGUUUAUCUGGUCUUGCGCACCCUUCUUGGUGUCGUUGGUCACCUUUGCCACCUAUGUGCUGGUGGAUGAGAAUAAUGUAUUGAAUGCAAGCACAGCUUUCGUUUCACUUUCGCUUUUCAACAUUCUACGGUUUCCCUUGUCAAUGUUGCCCAUGCUCAUCUCAAAUAUGGUGCAAACCAGUGUUUCUGUGAAACGUAUCAACACUUUCCUGAAUCAGGAAGAACUCGACCCGGACAACGUACAGCACGACGAAAAGGAAUCUUCUCCACUGCUGAUAGAGAAUGGUGUGUUCUCUUGGGGCGGUGAAGAAACUACCCUGAAGAACAUCAAUGUACGAGUGGAGAAGAAUCAGAUUGUAGCCGUUGUUGGUACUGUCGGGUCUGGCAAGAGCUCACUGCUCUCAGCGUUCCUUGGUGAGAUGGAUAAAAUAUCCGGUCGUGUCAACACGCUCGGUCGCAUUGCGUACGUCAGCCAACAGGCGUGGAUUCAAAAUGCCACCCUCAAGGACAAUAUUCUCUUCGGCAAACCGAUGGACCAACGGCGGUACAAUCGCGUCAUUGAAGCGUGUGCCCUGAAGCCCGACAUUGAAAUGCUUCCCGGUGGUGAUAUGACGGAAAUUGGCGAGAAGGGCAUUAACUUAUCCGGCGGUCAGAAGCAGCGUGUUUCCCUUGCCCGUGCGGUUUACAACGAUGCCGAUGUGUACUUCCUGGAUGAUCCGCUCAGUGCAGUAGAUUCGCACGUUGGAAAGCACAUUUUUGAGCAGGUGAUCGGUCCUACCGGGUUGCUGGCGAAGAAAACACGCGUACUAGUAACGCACGGUAUCACGUACCUGCCAAGCACGGACAAAAUUUACGUACUGCGCGAAGGCGAAAUUUCGGAAAGUGGUACCUAUCAGGAGCUGAUGGAUAAGAAGGGGUCGUUUGCCGAGUUCCUUAUCCAGCAUCUUCAGGAGGUGAGUGAGGAGGAAGAAGACCUGGAUGAGAUCAAGCAACAGCUAGAGAACAGUGUCGGCGGAGAAGAACUGCUCAAUCAACUAAAGCGCACCAACAGCAAACGAUCGCGAAGUGAGAGUACCUCCGAAACAGGCUCCGUGAAAGAUAUAUCGCGUCAAAAUUCCACCACAGAUAGUAACACAAGCUUACGCCGCCGUACAUCGGAAAAGGUUCCAGAGGUGACGAAAACGAAACUGAUCGAGCAGGAAAAAUCCGAAACUGGCAGUGUGAAAUGGGAAGUGUACAAACAUUAUCUUAAAAGCAUUGGCUUAACGCUCUCGGUAGCAACCGUGAUAUUGAACAUGAUCUUUCAAGGAUUCUCAAUCGGUUCCAACCUUUGGUUAUCGCGCUGGUCUACGGACGAGUCUGCUGAAAAUGAUACUAGCGUACGGGAUAUGUAUCUCGGUGUUUACGGUGCAUUCGGUGCUGGUCAAGUGAUGGCAAGUUUCGCCUGUUCGCUAUCGUUUGCGUUGGGAGCACUGGCCGCCGCCAGAGAGAUGCACGUGCUACUGUUACGGUACGUCUUGCACUGGCCAAUGGAGCUGUUCGAUACGACCCCGCUCGGACGGGUGUUGAACCGCUUCUCGAAGGACGUUGACGUGCUCGACAACACGCUGCCGCAGGUUCUACGAUCCUGUCUCAUGAUGUUGUUUGUGGUGGUUGCCACGUUGGUAGUGAUCUGCAUCUCGACGCCAGUCUUUGCGGCUGUGAUCAUACCGAUCGGUAUCCUGUACUACGCCGUACAGCGCUUCUAUGUGGCCACAUCGCGACAGCUGAAACGUUUGGAGUCGGUAUCGCGAUCACCGAUCUAUUCGCACUUUGGCGAAACCAUCCAGGGUGUGCAGACGAUCCGGGCAUACAGUGUGCAGGAUAGAUUUAUCACGGAAUCGGAUGAAAAGGUUGACUCGAACCAACUAUGCUACUGCCCCAGCAUCAUCGCAAACCGCUGGCUUGCGGUACGGCUCGAGAUGGUUGGCAACUUGAUCAUUUUGUUCGCCGCUCUGUUCGCCGUGCUCGGUCGGGAAACGAUGAACGCCGGUCUGGUCGGUUUGUCCGUAUCGUACGCGCUGCAGAUCACGCAAACGCUCAACUGGCUCGUGCGCAUGACAUCCGACGUGGAAACGAACAUUGUCGCCGUGGAGCGUAUCAAGGAGUACGGCGAAACGAAACAGGAAGCGGCCUGGGAACUUCCAAACAGCACGCUGCCUCGCGAUUGGCCCGAACAGGGUAUGGUCGAGUUCCGCGAUUUCCAGGUACGUUACCGCGAGGGUCUCGAUCUGGUGCUGCGCGGUAUCUCGUUUACGGUAAACGGUGGCGAAAAAGUCGGCAUUGUCGGUCGCACCGGGGCGGGAAAAUCCAGCCUUACGUUGGCGCUGUUUCGCAUCAUUGAGUCGGCCGGUGGUUCGAUCGUUAUCGAUGGGCAGGACAUUUCGCAGCUCGGUUUGCAUUCGCUUCGUUCGCGAUUAACCAUUAUCCCGCAAGAUCCGGUUCUGUUCUCCGGUACACUGCGCAUCAAUCUCGAUCCGUUCAAUGCACACUCGGACGACGACAUCUGGAAAGCGUUGGAACAUGCCCAUUUGAAGGCGUUCGUGAAAGGCUUAACCGCUGGAAUCAACCAUGAAGUUACGGAAGGUGGCGAGAACCUGUCCGUCGGUCAGCGACAACUCAUCUGCUUAGCUCGUGCCCUGCUGCGUAAGACCAAGGUGCUCAUUCUGGACGAAGCAACGGCUGCCGUUGAUCUCGAAACAGAUGAUCUGAUUCAGCGCACCAUUCGCACGGAGUUUAAGGACUGCACGGUGCUGACCAUCGCUCACCGGCUGAACACCAUCAUGGACUCGGACAAGGUUAUUGUGCUUGACAAGGGCCAGAUUGUGGAGUUUGCACCACCACCCGAGUUGCUGCAGUCGAAGAAUUCCGCCUUCUACAGUAUGGCAAAGGAUGCUGGUUUGGUGUAAGGAUUGGUCCUAACAUUAAGUUCUAGUGCACACUCUUAACUUUCAUUUAACAACACCUUUCACAGACACACACACAACAACUGUGUGUUUAUGUGUGGAAAAUUGCGUGCAUGCUCAAGGUUUAACUUGUUUCUUUUUUUCGUUUGAGUUUUCUGUUUUCUUUUGACAUUACCCACAUGCAAAAUAUUCAGAGUUUUUAUGCGUGCAUGUGGUUUACAUGAGAGUUUAAUGCUUUUUUGUUUAUUUUGUUUAGUUUCUUCUCCAUUUUUGUUUUGGUUUUGUUAUUCUGAUUAGAGAUAUUUCUAGCGAACAAUUCGUUUGUUUUGUUGCGUUAAGUUGCAGCACUAAUCCUUGCUAGCUGUUUUAUGUAUUAAACUUAUGUUUUCUUUUUUGUUUGUUUUUGUUUCUCGUACGACGAGAAUUCCGACGAAGCAACACAUUCUACACUCAUAGCUACUUAAAAGGAAAGCAAAAAGGCUACCUCUUACAUUUCCUUGCACGUUUUGCAUUUACCGCAAUAUGUUCGUAUUUACUUACCAUUAGUUAACAUUGUUUGUACUGGAUGAUGUUUAUCUAAAAAAAAAACUUACAAAAUGCCAACCACCAGAAUACAUACUCAUGUACUUACUACGGGAUUGCGGGUAAGCGCGAAAUGUAAU